AAUCUCUCUCUUUUUUCGUAGUUCUCUUGCUUUCAGAAAAGCACGUCACCCUUUAGUUCCAUAGCUCCCUACCUUUGCCCAAAGCUGAAGAGCCAAGGGGGGAGGGGGGGAAAAGAGAAAAAUGAAUGGAGCCUGCUCUUGUGUACAAUUGCAUCAAAUACAUUCUUGAAAGCAACCUGGUUCUGCUUAACACUUGAAUUUAAAAAAAAAAAGCAAGCAGCUUGGAGAGAGGGUGUAUGCAAUUUUUUUUAUUCUUGCAUUCCUGGACACCAAUCAAAAGAGCAAAUCAAGGGAGGUGGAAAGGGGGAGAGAGCGAGAGCGAGAGAGCAUGUUUAAAACUUUGCACACACACACACAUGCACACACACACACACACCAAAAAAAAAAUAUCCGAGACAGCUUUUCCACCUAACACCCAAGCAAACACAAACCAAAACAAAUAGGGAAGAGGAAAAAAGAGAGAGCGAGAGACAGGGCAGAACAAUCAGGGAGAAAGGGAGGCUUCGCCGUUCGCUUGGGGCUUUGGGUUUAGAGUAAUAACUAACCAAAAAGUUUGUUUUCUGUUGAACAAAUUCUGCAGCCUUCCUUCCCCCACCCCAACCCCACAAUCUGAGUCUACUAUGCUAUAUGUUGCUGGGGAGAUUUCAGGAGAUUCUUGGGGGAUCUUUGCCUUCCUGUGCGCUGCAUUCUGGAACCUGCCCGCAGUCCCCGCCCUGAACAGCACAGAGGAGGUGGGUGCUGGCCAGUCCAUCCAGAAGACUUAUGACCUCACCAGGUAUCUGGAACACCAGCUACGCACGCUCGCCGGCACCUAUCUGAAUUACCUCGGGCCCCCCUUCAAUGAGCCGGACUUCAACCCUCCCCGGAUGACAAGGGCCGAGAUGGUGCCCAGUGCCACAGUGGACUUUGAGUUGUGGCGCAGCCUGAACGACAAUGCCCGGCUGGCAGCCAAUUAUCGGGCCUACACGCACCUGCUGUGCUACCUGCGUGGCAUGGAUGGGCAGGUGGCCAAGGCUGAGCUGCGCAAGAACCUGGGCCACUUCUGCACCAGCCUGCAGGGAUUGGUGAGCCUCUGGCACUGGCCUGCAGCCAGGUCUCUGUGUCUUCUUGGGUGCUUCAGAUCUGCUCUCCAUGCAUCUCUUCCCUCAGGGCUGGGAGCAGGAGCUGAGACGUGGAAUGCCAUCAGCGUCAGCCCUCUGGUCAUGUCUGCAAAUGGGUCAGUUCCACCCUUUAGCACUGCAGCAUCGUGGGGCAAGAGGGACUAGAAAUGGGAAGGAUCGAGUUGUGAAACAGUAAAGUCUGGGGAUCCAAAACAGGAAGGGGCAAGGGGAUCAAAACAGAAAAAAAAUGGUGUCCAAAACAGGAAGGGGCAGGCAUUGAACUAGAGAAGAUUGGGGUCCAACACAGGAAGAGGCAGGAGUUGAAACAGAAAAAACACCUGGGAUCCAAACCAGGAAGGGGGAUGGGAUUUAAAAUGGGGCCCAAACGAGAAAGGGGCAGGAUUUGAAACAGGAAAGGUUGAGGCCCAAACCAGGCACAGAGUUUGAAAGCAGCCUUCCAGCCUUUUUCCAGUUGCAAAAUGCUGCUGCAUCUUCUAGCCUCAUCUUCUGACAAAACACCCACAAGGGCCAGGAAAGCAGGGGAGCUAAUCCAGGAAAGGGGGGGGCAGUAUCCCUCCUCCACCUCGUGCCACGACACAUGCAGCAUUUCUUUGAAGUUUACAUUGUCGUCAACGUAGCAUUUGGGCAGCUGUGGGGGCGCUUUACCUGGCAUGGGCCCUGCUGCCCACCCCCUGGUGCGGGAUCAAGGUUAAGGGCCUGUGACCCUGCCCUCUUCCCCCCCCUCACAUUCCUCCCAUCGGGUUGUGUUUUUCUUGGUUUGUCUAUAUUAAUAUUUAUUUAUUUGGAGAUGUUAUUUAUUAGAUGGUAUUUAUUGCAGAAUUUCUAUUCUUGUAUUAACAAAUAAAAGGCUUCCUCCAUGAACUUUGCUCAUUGGCAUGUUGGGCUGGAACUGGCUGAGAGCUCACUGGGGUGAUAGAUUUCACCAUGUCCCCAAUCUCCUUCUGCAACCUGAUGGGCUAGCUGAGAUCCCUGACCCAUGUAAAUGUAACCUGAGUCCACCCCACGGCUGUCUGUCUCCUGGUCACUGCCCUGAUCCAGAUCCUGAUCUGCCCUCCUCCCCAGCACCAUGUGCUGUUACCCAUGUUCUCCUGAAAGAUUGGCCAUCCUGUGGCUUUGGAGUGUGGAUGAGGGGGGUCUCCUGGCAGGAAGGGAAAGAAACACCCUUAUGCA